AUUUAAACUUGGGACUUCAAAAUAUGAAAAAUAAAAAAGAUAGAUUCCAAAUAAGUAAAGUGAGGAUAAAAAUAGAGAAUGAGAUACUAAGAUAUAUAUUCUUAUUUAAAGUCUCGGAAAAGCACGUGAUCUGCACGUGACUGUUUGUCCCCUGCAAAAAUAACUGACCGGAGAAUACAAUCUCCUUUCUCGCCGGCAAUCCAAACCAAACCCUAGCCCCCAAUCCAAAUUCCCCUCCCUUCAAUCCCUAACACACCUUUUCAAUUUUUCUGGCUUCUACGUCAGACCCAAAUGUCUUUCGUCGAGGACUUUCAAACCAGCUUGGACGCACUUCCUAAUAUUUUGCAGAAGAAGUAUGCUUUGUUAAAGGAUCUAGAUAAAAGUUUACAAGAUCUUCAGAAACAGAAUGAGCAACGUUGUGAACAAGAGAUAGAGGAAUUUAAACGAGAGGUUAGGUCGGGAAAUAUUAAACCUGAUGCUUCACUUGCUAAAUUUUCGGAGGAGGCACUUGAUGAGCAAAAGCACAGCAUCAGGAUUGCAGAUGAGAAGGUAGCCUUGGCUGAGCAGGCUUAUGAAUUGGUCGAUACUCACAUACGACAACUGGAUCAAAUUUUCAAAAAACUCGGUGAAGAAAUCCGACGUGAAAAAGAAAGUGCCAUUGCUAGUGGCUCCCCUGCUGCGAGUUUGGAUAGUGGUGGAAAAUCUGGAAAGGGUGGUGAAGGCGGUAGAGGAGGCCGUAAGAAAACACGCCUGGCAGCAACAGCAGCAGUAUCAGCAUCAACCGAGCCAGCUACAGCACCGUCAAAUCUUACUAUGAUGGAUCUAGAGGUACCGGUGGAUCCAAACGAACCGACAUAUUGUUCCUGUAAACAAGUUAGCCAUGGGGCAAUGGUUGCAUGUGAUAACCCAAGUUGCAGUAUAGAAUGGUUCCAUUUCGGCUGUGUUGGUUUGAAAGAACAACCGAAAGGAAAAUGGUUUUGUCCGGAUUGCGCUACAUUGAAAAAGCGUCGAAAAGGCAGAUAAAUGCUUGCUGCUAAAUUGCAGCAUGUCAUGAUUAAGAUAAGCUCUCUUUUUGCUUUCUUUUGCCUUGUUCUUUGCUUUGUUUAAGCAAUCUUAUGUAAAUACUAUGCUCUUAUGCUUUGUGUGAGCAAAUUGUAUUGAAUGUACCCUUUGGUCUGAUAGAAUUUGUAAAACAAAGAUCAGAUACUGCACUAGUUAGCAUUGCAAGAAGUAAACAUUUCUGAAAUUAUAGUUGUAAUAAUAAUUUUUAUGCAUUUGAUUUUGUUAUUUACAAAGAUGUAAGAGAAAUUUUAGAGUAAUUAAUAGAGGAUGAUCUUGUUUCAUGGA